GACAACAGCGUCACUCGGCGUCACUCAGACACCGCAAACUCAGCGUCAUUCGGUGUUGCACAACAUUAGUUUAUCUCAGGCAGAACAAGUCCGCUGUCAGAUAUGGUUUGCAUUCCCUGCAUCGUCAUUCCUGUGCUGCUGUGGGUUUACAAGCGCUUCCUGGAGCCCAUCGUCUAUCCCUUGAUCGCUCCCUUCAUCAGCCGCUUCUGGAGUAAAGCAGCCGUCCAGGAGACACAGAAACCCACAAACACUGCUGAAUGUAAUGGAACGGCAAACGGAUCCACAGCAAACGGACCGAAGACGGUGGCGGAUAAAAAAGCCGACUGACAGAUCUCACGCCUCUACAGUCGUCUCAAUCAGAUUUUAAAAUGUAGAUUUUUAAAAAUGUAAACUAAUAUAUGGACACACUCCAUAUACACACUGAUCCUGUCUCAUUGCUUACAUGAAAUACUUUAAUAUGUUUAAUACAAAUCAAGGUGGUAAUCUGUAGAUUUUGUUUUUAUCAUUCCGUGAUCAUUUACUGAUUUUUACCUUCGGCUCAGACCAGUUGCAGCUUUUCUGUGUAUAACUUAUGAUGCUUAAUUUAAAAUAAAAGCUGAAUUAUUUUA